AACAGCGUGGUCUGUUUGGCCUCAAAAUAUUUUGGGUCUUUAGUCACUUUCAGCUUGUAUCGCCUGUGACUCACCUUUCUUGGAGAGCGACAGCAGGACAUUCAAGGACUCCGGCGUCUUGGCUCUUCCUCAUUUUCUCUCAGCUCAGCAAGGAGGGAAAUUAAUGAUGGAAGAGCAAAGUUUCGACAGCCUGCAGUUGAGCCAGAACCUGCCACUGAGCCAGGAUUCUUUUAGGGAGCUAUGGGAGAGUGUUGUUGCUGCUCCCAUGUUUACCACUCCAACUGCAACUGAGGUGAAUGAGCCAUGGAGAGCCGAUGGUCAAAUGGAUAUGCAGCUCAUUAAUGAGCAAGUUCUGACAGAAGGAUUCGACGAGAAUCUGUUUGAGCUGCAUCCAGAUGUGCUACCUAAAGAUGGUGUUACUCCCCCUUCCUCCACCGUCCCGGUUACAACCGACUACCCGGGGGAAUAUGCCUUCCAGCUUCGCUUUCAGAAGUCUGGCACAGCCAAGUCUGUCACUUCCACUUUUUCAGAACUUCUCAACAAGCUGUAUUGCCAGCUGGCAAAGACCAGUCCAAUUGAAGUGCUGGUGAACAAGGAGCCUCCUCAGGGGGCUAUUCUGAGAGCGACAGCGGUUUAUAAGAAGACGGAGCACGUGGCCGACGUCGUCCGCAGAUGCCCCCAUCAUCAGAACGAAGACGCUGCUGAGCAUCGAAGCCAUCUGAUCAGGGUGGAGGGCAGCCAGAGGGCUCAGUAUUUUGAAGAUGUGCACACGAAGAGGCAGAGUGUCACUGUCCCCUACGAGCCCCCACAGUUGGGCUCGGAGAUGACAACCAUCCUGCUGAGCUUCAUGUGCAACAGCUCCUGCAUGGGAGGCAUGAAUCGCAGGCCCAUCCUCACCAUCCUGACGCUUGAAACUCCCGAGGGGCUGGUUUUGGGCCGGAGGUGCUUUGAGGUGCGGGUCUGCGCAUGUCCAGGCAGGGACCGCAAGACUGAGGAGGAAAACAGCAGCAAGAUGCAGAACGGCACCAAACAAACCAAAAAGCGAAAGAGUGCUCCUGCUCCUGUUCCUGACACCACUUCUGUCAAGAAGUCCAAAUCUCAAUCGAGCGCAGAGGAAGAGGACAAAGAUGUGCAUGUUCUGCAUAUUCGUGGCAGCGAGCGCUACGAGAUGUUAAAGAAAAUCAAUGAUGGUCUGGAGCUGCUGGACAGAGAGAGCAAAAAGUCAAAGGUGUCCGUGAAGCACGAGGUCCCUCUGCCCUCCAGCGGGAAGAGACUCCUGCAAAGGGGAGAGCGCAGCGACAGCGACUGAGAACAUUUCUGCGCCGAUCAUAAAAACAAACAUCUCUUUCUCCUUCCAAGCCAUCAGGUCGAUUUCAGGUUUUUACUCACAGUUGGAAAUCACCUCCUUCCUCCGAUAAUGUAACUGUACUGCCUGAUCAUUUACUCAAAGUACUGCACAGUGUCUUGCUGUUUGUUUAGUUUUUUGUAUUUGCUUUUUUUUUUUUCUAACUUGUCAAACAAAUAAAGGUUGAAUAGAUUAUGCACAGGAGAACAGUUUCUGUAAGCAGACUUGACAACUCCUCACUGCUGACGUUUUUCAAGGCCUGGCCGAAAGCUUUGCGAUCUAAAAAUUUCCGUUGGAGCUGCAUUUAUUUGGAGUUAAUUUUGAGAAUAAUGUCAGUCAUGCUGCCAUUUAUGGCACAUUUAAUCAGUGAAAACUAUACUGUUUGCUUCUUGAUUACUUAAGACAUUUUGUUUUUAUAUAAAUAUGGUCCAGAUUGCAUUAUAAAGAACAGUUAAGCAGUUUUGUAGUCCGUUUGAGCCACUGUUAUGGCACAUGUUGGAACUUAAUCUCAUUUGUUUUAAAAGAAAAGUGCAAAGUCAUGCUUGUCAUGGAUGUUUACGUCCAUAAACGCUGCUGUAUUAGUACACCGCAGCCCAAACACAUUCAGACACUGACACCCUGUCGGAUCAGGUUGGAAAAUUCAACCAACUCUGGUCAACUUUGAUUACAUGGGCUGUGAAAUAGUACAACAACGCUGUAUUUAUAACCCUAAACUUGGCAAAACAAGCUGUCGCAGGUGUAAAGCAAAACACAACUCGCCGCAUGGUAUUAUAACAAAUUAUCCGUCAACAGCCGGGCUUUUUCUUCCUUGUUAUUACAGUUUCUUGGUUUAAAGGACCUGUGUAUUUACUGCCACCUAUUUUUAUGUGAAAUCGCUCAUAGGGAAUAUGUUUUGCCACCGUCUUCGGUUUUGUUUUUUUUCAUGAAAUUAACACUAGGUUUGGUCGAUGAGGGGCUGGCUGGAUCACCCCAGGAACUAAUCUUUUAGAAGUUCAGCAAAGGAUGUCUCAGAGGAAGAGAAAGAUUGAAAUCCAGAAUAAUUUGGCCGACACACACUCACACACACACACAUGGAUGGAAUGGAUUUUUAUUAGAGGACAUUUUAGAAGCCGCUCAAAUCAGAUAUCAAAAUGGUUGUGACUCAUCACAGUGCACCCACAGUGGAUGGAUUUUCUCCUACUGACAGACCAAUGUUUUAUUAUAUAUUUUUUUACAUGCAUAACCAGCACUUCAGUUUGACGUGACCAAUCACUGCCCAUUAUUAAAACCACUUUGUUUUUGUUCACUGCCAGCAAAAUAUACUUCUAGGCAUUUCUUGCUUUUAUUUCUCUGUCUUUCAUAGAUUGUUUUGGGGACAUGGUUUUGUAUAGAUGUUUAUCUUUCUAGUUCUCUGUCUUUAUUUUUACAUUAUUUUUGUACUAAUUUGCAUUUUUGUUAUUCAAAGCU